AUGUGCUGGUUGCCCCGGCUCCUCGCCCGCUGGCUCUCCUCAGCUCUGUCUCUGCUGCUCCUCAGUGCAGUGGGCAGUCGGACGGGGGGUCUGGAGGGGGCGACGGGGACGACGUGCACCAGGUGGAGCGCACUGAACAACAAGGUCCUCUCUCAGGACGGGGACGUGAUCCUUGGUGGACUUUUUAGUCUGUAUUACAUACCUUCAGCUGUACAGCAGGACUUCAUCAAGCAGCCGCGCUAUGAACCAUGCACUGGCUUAGAUCUUGAGACAUUGAAAUAUUUGUAUGCUUUGGCGUUUGCGGUGGAUGAAAUCAACGGGAACAGCUCCCUGCUGCCGGGAGUCAAGCUGGGCUACAGCAUUGUGGACAGCUGCAGCCGAUACCCGUGGGAACUGCAAGAUGCACUGUCCCUGGUCAGUGGAAACACACUCAGCUGUGGGAAGCCUGUUCCUCUGCUGAUUGGGGCUUCCUCGUCCACAACAGGGAUAAUACUGUCCAGGACCCUGGGGCCUCUCUCUAUUCCAAUUAUCAGCUACCUGGCCACCUGCCCGUGUCUGAGUGACCGGCUCCAGUUUCCUAACUUCUUCAGAACCAUCCCCAGUGACAUUUACCAGGCCAGGGCCAUCGCACGACUGGCCAUACGCUUCCACUGGACGUGGGUUGGGGCUGUACAUGCAAACACUGCCUAUGGUCUAUUGGCGAUGCAGGUAUUUAAGGAGGAGAUUAAGGGGAAGGGGGUGUGUCUGGACUUCGUAGAGACCGUCCACAGGGAGACCAUUGAGAGAGAUGCGAGACGUGCGGCGCUCACAAUCCAAGCUUCCACUGUGAGGGUGAUUCUCAUCUUCGGCUGGUACACUGACGUGAAGAAGCUGUUUCUAGAGCUAAAUGAAAGAAAUGUGACUGACAGACAGUUUCUGGCCAGUGAGGCCUGGAGCACCAGUGACGAUCUCCUCCAGGACCCUGCUGUCUCCAAUGUGGCCAGCGGCGUUCUUGGCGUGGCCAUCCGAAGUUCACCAAUACCCGGGUUUGAAAAAUAUCUCAGGACUCUGCACCCAGUUCGUCGUCCGCAUGACGGAUUCUUAAGAGACUUCUGGGAAAAGGUGUUUGGAUGCAGUGCAGGGGGGUCUCUUCACAGAGCCUCUCUGCCCCCCUGCAGUGGCACAGAGUCUCUGGAGGAGCUUCAGCAUCCCUUCACUGACACCUCUCAGCUCAGGGUGGUUUAUAAUGUCUACCUGGCUGUGUAUGCUGCAGCCCACGCCCUCCACAGCCUCCUCUCCUGCUCCAGCAGAGACAGGGACAUCUCAACAUGCUCCUCUCCAGAUCACAUCAAACCAAAAGAGCUGUUGCAGCACUUAAACCAGGUGAACUUCACCACACCACAAGGUGAAAUGUUUUAUUUCCAAGGAGCCGACACUCCAGCAAAGUAUGAUCUCGUCAACUGGCAGAAAACUCCAGAGGGGCCAAUGAAGCUUGUUCUGAUUGGCCACGUGGACGGGUUUGAUCUCCUCCUUAACCAAUCAGCCAUUCAGUGGAGCACAGGGUCCAAUCAGGUGCCUGUGUCAGUGUGCAGUGAGAGCUGUCCUCCAGGCAGCCGACUGGCCAACAGGAAAGGAGAACCUGUCUGCUGCUUCGACUGUAUCCAAUGUGCUGAGGGAGAGAUUAGCAAUACCAUUGGUUCCUCUCUCUGUGAUCCCUGUCCGUCAGAGUUCUGGUCCAACGCUGAUCGAACGGCCUGCGUCCCUCGCCAGCUGGACUUCCUCUCCUUUAAUGAAACUUUGGGCAUUACCCUGACGACAGCAGCAGUGUCUGGUGCCACGGUGACGGCUGCAGUGUUCCUGGUUUUUGUUUACCACCAUCAAACCCCCAUGGUGCGAGCCAACAACUCAGAGCUGAGCUUCCUGCUGCUUCUGUCUCUGAAGCUCUGCUUCCUGUGCUCGCUGCUGUUCAUCGGCCGUCCGUCCGUCUGGGCCUGUCGCUUCCAGCAGGCGGCUUUUGGGAUCAGCUUUGUGCUUUGUGUUUCCUGCCUGCUGGUAAAAACCAUUGUGGUUCUGGCUGUUUUCCGCUCAGCUCGGCCCGGUGCUGGAUCCUUGAUGAAGUGGUUUGGUCUGCGUCAACAGAGAGGAAGUGUCGGCCUCUUCACAUGUAUACAGGUUAUCAUCUGUGCCAUAUGGCUGUCCCUCAGCCCCCCAGUGCCUCAGCAGGAUUUUGGUCUCCGAGGGUCAAAGGUCACCCUGAGGUGUGCCAUGGCCUCUGUGGUGGGCUUCUCUCUGGUCCUGGGCUACAUCGGCCUGCUGGCCUGCUCCUGCCUCCUCUUGGCCUUUCUCGCCCGGAAACUCCCCGACAACUUCAACGAGGCCAAGCUGAUCACCUUCAGCAUGCUGAUCUUCUGCGCCGUGUGGGUCGCCUUCGUCCCUGCGUACAUUAGCUCUCCUGGGAAGUAUGUUGUCGCUGUGGAGAUUUUUGCAAUCCUUGCCUCCAGCUAUGGUUUGCUGCUCUGCAUUUUUGCCCCGAAAUGUUUCAUAAUUCUCUUGAAGCCUGAGAAAAACACUAAGAAACACUUGAUGGCCAGAAGAAGUGAUUGGCAGGUUCAGUAUCCUCCUGUUUCCACCAUGGGCUUCGUAAAUGGUAUAAAAACCCAGAACUGCGUCAGAGAAGAGCAGGGGGAGGAGGCUUACACCUCGUCAGUCCUCAGUUUGGAAGAUCUUCCGCUGCAGUACAUAUAUGCGAUGGUGUUUGCGCUGGAAGAAAUCAACCUCAGCACAACGCUGCUUCCAGGCGUGAAGCUGGGCUACCACAUCCACGACAGCUGUGCUCUGCCCCUGUGGGCUUUGCGGGCAGCGCUGUCCCUGGUUGGAGGAGACGGCAGCAGCUGUGAUCCACCUGUUCCAUUGAUCAUCGGUGGCGAUUCAUCUAUAACAGCCGUGAUACUCUCCCAACUCCUGGGCCCACUCUCUGUUCCUUUAAUGAGCUACACAGCGAGCUGCCCGUGUCUGAGUGACAGACGCCAAUUUCCUAACUUCUUCAGGACCAUGCCCAGUGACAUUUACCAAGCCCGAGCCAUCGCCCAGCUUGCAAUACGUUUAAAAUGGACUUGGAUCGGAGCAGUUGUGGCAAAAAAUAGUUACGGCCUAACGGCGAUAAAGAUAUUCCAGGAGGAGACUCAGGGUGCCGGUGUGUGUCUGGCGUUUGUGGAGACUCUCCGAAGGGAAAACAUUGUGAGCGAUGCCAAACAGGCAGCGCUCGCGAUUCAGGCCUCGAGCGCAAAAGUGAUUCUGAUCUUCACGUGGUACACAGAUGUGAGGGAACUGUUCCUGCAGCUGGCCGAGAGAAAUGUAACUGAUAGACAGUUUCUGGCCAGUGAGGCUUGGAGCACGAGUGUUAAUCUUCUCGAACACCCUUCCACCCUUAAAGUGGCACGUGGCGUCCUCGGCGUGGCCAUUAGGAGUUCACCUAUACCUGGAUUUGAAAAGUAUCUCAGAAAUCUGAAUCCCUCUCAUCGUCCUGAUGAUAAGUUCUUGAGAGAAUUCUGGGAAAAAAUGUUUAAUUGCCGUCCUGGAUCUUCAAAUCUUUCUUCAUCUACCACUUCGCCAUCCCGUGCAGAGCAGAGGGCGCCUCUUCCGCUCUGCGGUGGCACAGAGUCCCUGGAGGUGGUGCAGAAUCUCUUUACUGACACCUCUCAGCUGAGGGUCACAUAUAAUGUGUACCUUGCUGCUUAUGCCGCAGCCCACGCCCUUCACAGCCUCCUCUCAUGCCCCAACAACGACAGCUCUCCUGGAAACAGCAGCUCCACAUGCUCCUUUCCGAAACACAUCCAACCUAUAGAGGUUCUGCAGCACUUGAGCAGAGUGAACUUCACCACACCUCAGGGUGAAAUAUUUUACUUCCAAGGGGCCGAUGUUCCAGCGAAGUACGACCUGGUUAACUGGCAGAAAACACCCGAAGGCCGACUCAAGCUUGUUCUGAUCGGUCGUGUGGACGGAUUUGACAUCCACCUUAAUGAGUCAGAAAUUCAGUGGAGCACGGGGUCCAAUCAGGUGCCUGUGUCAGUGUGCAGUGAGAGCUGCCCCCCCGGGACCAGGAUGGCCUCCAGGAAAGGAGAACCUGUCUGCUGCUUUGACUGCAUCCCGUGUGCUGACGGAGAGAUUAGCAAUACAACUGGUUCCCCUCACUGUGAUCCUUGUCCAUCUGAGUUCUGGUCCAACACUGAUCGAACGGCCUGCGUCCCCCGCCAGCUGGACUUCCUCUCCUUUAAUGAAACUUUGGGUAUUACCCUGACGACAGUCGCAAUAUCUGGUGUUGUGGCGACAACAGCAGUGUUUGUGAUGUUCCUAUACUAUCGACAAACACCUAUGGUGCGAGCCAACAACUCAGAGCUGAGCUUCCUGCUGCUUCUGUCUCUGAAGCUCUGCUUCCUGUGCUCGCUGGUGUUCAUCGGCCGUCCGUCCGUCUGGUCCUGUCGCUUCCAGCAGGCGGCUUUUGGGAUCAGCUUCGUGCUUUGUGUUUCCUGCCUCCAAGUCAAAACCAUUGUGGUCCUGGCAGCGUUUCGCUCGACUCGGCCCGGUGCUGGGUCCCUGAUGAAGUGGUUUGGUCCGGGCCAACAGAGAGGAAGUGUCUGCGUUUUCACCUGUAUACAGGUUGUCAUCUGUGUUAUUUGGCUAUCUCUCAGCCCCCCGUUGCCUGAACCUGACCUUGAAAUUCCGGGGUUGAAGGUCACACUGAAGUGUGCCAUGGCCUCUGUGGUGGGCUUCUCUCUGGUCCUGGGCUACAUCGGACUGCUGGCCUGCUCCUGCCUCCUCUUGGCUUUUCUCGCUCGGAAACUCCCCGACAACUUCAACGAGGCCAAGCUGAUCACCUUCAGCAUGCUGAUCUUCUGUGCCGUGUGGGUAGCCUUCGUUCCUGCUUAUGUCAGUUCUCCUGGAAAAUAUGCAGUAGCCGUGGAGAUAUUUGCGAUUCUUGCCUCCAGCUAUGGUUUGCUUUUCUGUAUCUUUGCUCCAAAGUGUUUCAUUAUUCUUUUGAGGCCUGAGAAAAAUACUAAGAAACAUCUGAUGGCCAGAUAG